UUGCAUACAGGAGAUUUCUGGAUCGCACUAACAGUGUUCCAUGGACGUUUGGUUGCAUUCAGUUUCCAGUUAUCCGAAGCCGAGAAUGUCGUGAAAGCACAGGAUGCCAAAGUUUCACCAAAGUCGCAUUCUCCGCAACAACAUUCGAUUGUGGGCGAACAAGUAGAGCCGAGAUGGGUAGCACGUUUUGUUUGCAGAUUGUUGCCUUUGUUAAACAGUUCGCGAACUCCGCUGGCACAGAUGAACAGUGCUCGAUGCUCUGUUGGUGCUGCUUUUGUCGAUGGCAAAAUUAUUGUCUGUGGUAAGUGCUCUGCCCACAUCUCUGAGCCUUUCGGAAAUCUAUGGAACAAUGUGCAAAUUUCAGGUGGAUAUGAUCGUGGGAAGUGCUUGAAGUCGGUGGAAGAAUAUGAUCUUGCAACGGGUGGAUGGCGUCGCCUGCCUGAUAUGAUGCACAAUCGAGGGCGUUUUGAUGCUGCCGUUGUGGCAGGCAGAGUUUACGCAGUUGCUGGUGCUUUCUUGCUCUAA